AUGCCGAUAUCGAUGUUUUCGCGGUCACGGUUGCGGCUGCUUAUCACUCUAGGGUUAUCGUUAUGCUUCGCUGAUGCGGUACGAGGUCAAUAUGGAGCUGUUGGGAUGGAAAAUAAUGCAAAUGCUUUGAGUCCGAGAUACUAUAUGGGAUUGGAGGAGGGGAGGUUAUUGGGGAGGGGUAGUGGGGUUUGCAGCAAUUGCGAUACUCCCUGCUCCUCAGAUUCCUAUCUCUGCAACAAAACCCUCACCAUUUCCUCCACCACAACCGUGACAUCAACAUGCUGUCCCCGAGCAUGUCCAUCCGUCUCUCUUUAUAAAUGCGCUACUUCCCUCGGAGGAGGCUGCUGCAACUACAACGCGCAAUGCAUAUCUUCCGACGGCUCCGGUGCGUGCGCCGUCACAAUAUCAAGUUCAUCGACCACGGCCCUCGUCUCCAUCAUUCCCUCCGGAUGCACUACCAACCAAUUUGCAUGCGCGACUUUCCUGGGCGGUGGAUGUUGCGAUGUGGGAUUCGGCUGCACUGUACUUAGCGGCACUAAGUACUGCGCUGCGACUACUGGUUCCGCAUCCGCGGUCCGCACGGGCAGUAAUGGCAUCAUGGCAACCGACACGGCGAAUUCUACAUCCAGUAACCACAGUCUAUCUACAGGCGCCAAAGCCGGCAUCGGUGUCGGCGUCUCGAUCUUCGCGCUCGCGAGUAUAGGUGCCUGUAUAUUCUUCAUCACCAUCCAUCGACGACGCUCUCUCUCCUCGAAAACCUCUUCACAUCCAGAUGCAGACGCAGAUGCAGAUGCCGAUCAAGAGAAUCUCCCCGCAGCAGCCAUGUCCCAAGUAUCCGGCUCGAAAGCAGAUAGUAAGAGCGGCAAACGACCAACAGGGUUCCAAAGACAAGAAUCGGAUUAUUUUGGCGCAACGGCGGCGCGGGGUCCGUUUACGGAGGAACUUACUAGUGCGGUGACGAGUCCGGGGUUUGAUAGUAAUAGAGGGGUGCCGGUUACGCCGCAGAGUCCGAAUGAUAUUGCGGCGCCGGUGGAGAUUGGUGGGGGAGAGAGGGAGGGGUGGGGGUAUGAGAAGAGGGGGGAGUUGGAGUGA